CACUAGCGCUUUUUGGUAACGUCACCCGUGUUCGCUUGUUUGGAGGGGUAGCCAAGAUGGCGGCGUCCAAGGUGAAGCAGGACAUGCCUCCUCCGGGGGGAUACGGACCAAUAGAUUACAAACGAAACCUCCCGAAACGCGGGCUCUCUGGGUUUAGUAUGUUUGGAAUCGGUAUUGGUGUCCUGGUUUUUGGCUACUGGAGACUAUUUAAAUGGAACAGAGAAAGAAGGCGGCUGCAGAUUGAAGACCUGGAGGCUCGGAUCGGUCUCCUCCCCCUGCUGCAAGCGGAGCACGACCGCAGGACACUGCGGAUGCUAAGACAGAAUCUAGAAGAAGAAGCCAAGAUAAUGAAGGAUGUGCCCGGCUGGAAGGUUGGUGAGAAUGUUUUCCACACAGACCGCUGGGUCACCCCUCUCAACGACGAACUGUUCAACCUCCGGCCAGCGGAGGAGCUGCUGCACAAGAAGUUUGGUUUCCAGUGGUACGUCUAGACUGCAGCUCCCCUCCUCCUCCUCCUCCUCUGCUGUACUGAAGGGAGGCUCUGAGGACCCGGUGACUCCUGGAGUAGAGGCUGUGUGCCCCAGGCUCAACGCCUGCUGUAAAUGUUUAAUAUUAAAUACAUUUUUCUCUGUUUCAA